AUGCAGUCGAGAUUCCCACAUUUGGGGAAUUCGCAGGGGUCAAUACAGCCGGAGUGCAAUGGCUAUACCUCGCCCUGGGUGAACCACCUUCUUGAUCAUGGUAUCUCCCCUGCCAGCAUGUCCAAGACAGGAGAGAGGACCCCCUCCACAACUUCUGUCAACUCUGUGGUGUCAACAGACAGCAAAGAUGGAAUCUCCCCAACGGGUUCAGUCUCCGAAACACCCAAGAAAUCUUCAAAGAAAUCCAAAAAAACCACGGAGAGUAUGAACAAAGUCUACAACACCUUGCUCAACAGUGUUUUUGGAGCGGAAAGAGAAUUGGCUCAGGCUGAGUUAGAUGAGUUGCAGGAGGCAUUCAAAGAGUUUGACUACGACCAAGAUGGAUACCUGAACUACAAGGAUGUGGCUGAGUGCAUGAGGACGAUGGGAUAUAUGCCCACAGAGAUGGAGCUGCUGGAAAUAGUGCAACAGAUAAAGAUGAGAAUGGGUGGAUUAAUGGACUUUGAGGACUUUACUGAACUGAUGGGACCCAGGAUGAUGGGAGAGACUGCUGACAUGCUGGGACUCAAGGAGCUCCAAUCGGCCUUUUUACAGUUUGACCUGGAUGGAGAUGGAAAGAUCAACCAGGACGAGAUGAAGGAGGCAGUGAAGACGCUGCUAGGAGAGAAGCUGAAAAAAGGAGAACUGGAGGAGAUCCUGAAGGAGCUGGACAUUAACGCAGAUGGAAACAUUGACUUCGAAGAGUUUAUGAUGAUGCUCUCCAUUCGCUAG